AUGGCGGCCGAAAUCGUUCUAGAUCAGCGUCGACAAGAAGAAAUGGAAAACAGGGUCAAAAAUGCAGGUGCUGUGGAAAAAGUCAUUCACCCCCAUGCAAGUACAGGACGUACCAAUGUAGUAAAUGUAAAAAAAUGGGUCAACUGGCCAAGAUUCUCAGCAUAUAUAGUGAGAUACGUACCUCAACCACAGGUAGAGCCAGCUUCACCUAGCUCCCCUUGUAAUUCAAGCCACCCCUCUCUUGCAGAACCACCCUCAUGUUGUGACUGUACCUUAUAUAAUGAUUUGUGUAACUAUUGUAAGUAUAAAUUGAAUUUAUUGGAUGAGCAAGGCCCAAUGGAAUCGACAGCUGAUGAAAGUAACAUUUCUGUUCAUUCAGAGAGCUUUGAAAGUUGUGACGAAGAUUCUACUAUGAAUCUUAAUAAAAAUAAAAAUUUGACAGGGUCUGACAGUCACGUAAAAAAGAAACUGUUAAGUAAUAAUGACGAUCAUGGACAUCAUAAUGACAGCGUUCCUAGUAAGGAAAUAAAACGCAAAAGAAUUGUUCCGAAUAAACUGAAAGAUUUUAUAUUGUGA